AUGGUACGAGUAUGGAUGGAGGGUAAGAGUGGGAUGAGCAGCGCAUGGAGUGAUCAUGAGCCAGUGACCUUUGAGGAUGUGGCUGUGAGAUUUACUGUGGAGGAGUGGACCUUGCUGAGCCAUUCACAAAAGAAUCUCUACAGAGAUGUGAUGCAGGAAACCUUGAGGAACCUGGCUGCUGUAGGAAAGAUGCAGGAAGACAAGACGAGUGAAGGUGACAUGAAAAAUUCCAGGAGAAAUGAAAGAUGUGAAGCACUCAGGAGACCUUGUGAACACUCAGAAGGGAGUUACUGUGGAGAAAUCUGCACCUGGAUUGUACAUCGUACUGUGAACAAGAAAACUCCUGGAGUGAAACCAUGGGAAAGGCCUGUGUGUGAAGUCCUCACUGGUCAUUUGUCUCUAAAUGUGGCCAAUACAGUUCAGAUUGCACAUAAAUCAUGCGGGUAUAAGGAAUAUACAGAGAUGCUCUAUAAAUGUAAGGAAUGUGGGAAAGCCUUCACUCACCCUAAAUGGUUUCUGAAGCAUGUGAGGACUCACAGUGGAGAGAAGCCCUACAAAUGUAAGCAAUGUGGAGAAGUUUUUAGUAGACAGAGCUAUGUUCAGGUACAUACAAAACUUCAUUUUAGAGAAAAAGUGUUUAUGUGUAAGCAAUGUGGGAGAGGCUUCAUGACUCUUGCAGGUUUUCAUAGACACAUGGUAACACACACUAGAGGAAAACUUUUCAAGUGUAAGGUAUGCAGUAAAGCCUUUAGUUAUGCCAGUGUCCUUCAAAGACAUGAGCAAAUUCACAUGGGAGAAAAACCCUAUGAAUGCCAGCAAUGUAGGAAAGUAUUCAGUAGUUCCUGUAAUCUUCAAAUCCAUGAAAAAAUUCACACAGGAGGGAGAAUCUAUACAUGUAAAUUAUGUGGUCAGACUUUCACUUCUUCUAAUAACAUUAGGAAGCAUGAAAAGACUCAUACUAGACAGAAAUCGUAUAUAUGCAAGCAGUGUGGGAAAGGCUUCAUUAAUUAGAGCAUUGGGAAGCAUGUAGGAUCUCACACUGGAAAGAAACCCUAUGUAUGUAAGCAGUGUGGGAAAGCCAUCAUUCAUUACAGUAACUUAAAAAGACAUGAACGAACUCACACUGGAGACAAACCAUAUGAAUGUAAGAAAUGUGGGACAACCUUCAGUCGUUCUGGGUGUCUUCAAGUUCAUGAAAGGAUUCACACAGGCGAAAAGCCAUAUGUAUGUAAUGUAUGUGGUAAAACCUUCACUUCCUCCAGUAACUGUCGAAAACAUGCAAGGACCCAUAUUGGAGAGAAACCUUAUGUGUGUAAGCAAUGCGGUAAAGGCUUCAGUGAUUCCAGUACCUGUCAACAACAUGAACGAAUUCACACUGGAGAGAAGCCCUAUGUAUGUAAGCAGUGUGGGAAAGCUUUCAUAUAUUCUUCUUCUUUUCAGAUGCAUAAAAGAAUUCAUACUGGAGAGAAGCCAUAUGUAUGUAAGCAAUGCGGGAAAGGCUUUAUUUAUUCCAAUGCCUUUCAAGUACACAGACGAACUCACACUGGGGAAAAACCCUAUGUUUGUAAGCAGUGUGGGAAGACCUUCACUUAUUGUAGCUCUCUUCGAAUACAUGAUAGAAUUCACACUGGGGAAAAACCCUAUGAAUGUAAAAUAUGUGGUAGAACCUUCAUUUCUUCCAACUCUCCAUAUCGCAGUUCACUUCAAUACCAUAAAAGGAUUCACAAUGGAGAGAAACCCUAUGAAUGUAAGCAAUGUGGAAAAGCCUUGGCCAAUCCUUACUCACUUCAAUAUCAUAAAAGAACUCACACUGGAGAGAAACCAUAUGUAUAUAAGCAAUGCAGGAAAGCCUUCAUUGAUUCAAAUACCUUUCAAUGACAUAUAGGAACUCACACUGGAAUGAAACCUUAUGUAUGUAAGCAUUGUGGAAAGACCUUCACUAAUUCUGGUUCUCUUCAAAUACAUGAGAGAAUUCACACUGAAGAGAAAACCCUAU